CACAAUGGCUUCCGUUGAGUAUCUGCGAGAGUUCAUCAGGGACAGAUUUAUUAUUGUUGCCGAAGAAAUCUUCUCAGAAGUUAAAAAAACGAUCGUCCAGUAUGAGGAGGAGCUCAACCAUCAGCUGAGACUGCUGGAAAUCAGCCGGAGACCCGAGAUAAAGUCACACAUAAUCGACCUCCCACACCAAGAUGAAUGUAAGGAAGAGGAGGAUCUGGAUGUCCAGCAGGUCUGUAACCAGGAGAGGAACUCCAGUCUGGACCAGGAGGACUCAGAGCCUCCACAGACUAGAGAGCAACUGGAGGAACUCUGCAACAGUCAGGAGGAAGAGCAACUUGCACUGAAGCAAGAGGGUGAAGGCAUCAUCGUCUGGACUGAGGAAGGGCAGUGCAGACUAAGUGAUGUCACCUGGAAACCUGAAAUAAACUUGCACAGAGUAGAGCUCCCACAUCAACCUUUCUUUGAGGAAGACGUUCUCAGAGACCAGCAGCUCUGUAACGAGGAGAGGAACUCCAGUGUGGACCAGGAGCACCGAGAGCCUCCACAGAUUAAAGUGGAACUCUGCACCAGUCAGCAGGGAGAGCAGCUUGUAUUGAAGCAGGAGGCAGAGACCUUUAUAUUGACUUCUACUUAUGAUCAAAGUGACCACAACGGAUCAGAACCAAGCAGUGGCCAGCUCCUUUCUCACAGCUCUCCAGUGUCAGAAAGUCUGUAUAAAACUGACACAAGUAGGAAGUCUGUAAGAUGUGACCCUUGUGGAAACAGUUUUCAUGAUAAAUCCAGACUAACUAAACAUUUAAUAAGUCAUACAGGUGAGAGGCCGCACUCUUGUAGCUCCUUUGGUAAAAGAUUCAGUCACAUUACAAACUUGAAAACUCACAUGAGAAUUGGUACAGGUGAGAAGCCAUAUUUUUGCAGCACCUGUGAGAAAAGAUUUUCUUGGAAAUCAGAAUUCAAGCGUCAUAUAAGAAUCCACACGGGCGAGAAGCCGUAUUCAUGUAGCAACUGUGGGAAAUCAUUCAGUCGGAAAUCAACAUUGAAAACUCAUUCAAGAGUUCACACGGGUGAGAAGCCGUAUUCGUGUAGCACCUGUGGGAAAACAUUCAGGCAGAAAUCAGGAUUGAACACUCAUAUAAGAAUUCACACAGGUGAGAAGACGCAUUCUUGUAGCAUAUGUGGGAAAGGCUUCGUUCAGAUUAUCCAUUUGAAAAAACACAUGAAACGUCAUACACUUUAAAAGUUUUUACUUACAAAAUGUGGGAAAGAUGUCAGACGUAACAGUGUGUUGAUUAAAAUCUCUUUAACAUCUGUGUCUUACUCUUAUGAUCUAGAUGUCUUAUUAUUUAUCAUCUGAAUCGAUUUUCAGUACCAGUCAAAAGUACUGGUACGUUUGACUAGCAGUCUGGCAUCGUAUACAGGAACAACUGCGCCGAGUAUGGCCUGGAAGUUCCAAGGUCAAAAUGGGAUAAAUCCCCAUGGGCGGUUGAGACAGACCAAGUUAAGAUGGAAGUGGGACUUUCAGAUAGAGACAAACAAACUGGUGACAGCUAACCAACUGGACACAGUAGUAGUGGUGGACAAGCAGAGUACGAAGGCUGUAGUGAUAGAUGUAGCAACAUAGUAACAUCAGGUAGAAGGAAAACAAGAAGCUCAAGAAAUACCAAGGGCUGAAAAAAGAGCUAAGAAGGAUGUGGACAGUCUUUGUGUCUCAUGUUGUUUUAUAUAUUCAGAAAAUGGUAUUUUGACUAUUUGGUUACAUUUACCUCGCGCUGUAUUAUAGUUCUGCUUUCAUCACUGAGAAAUGUGAUAUUCAUGUACUGAAGCUGCAGGUUUACAGUGGAAACUGCAUGAAAAUCUAACAGUAAAUAACUUUGAUGUUUUUCUAAGCCUCAUCGUUGCUUUUGGUCAUCAUUAAUAUGGAAUUUGAUGUGCAGUGCUGUGAAUAAGUAUUUGCCCCCUGCUUGAUUUAAUUUUUUUUAGUUUGUUGCACAUUUGUUACAUUUAAAUGUUUUAGAUCAUCAAAUAUUAGACAAAGACAAAGUCAAUGAUUUCAUUUA